AUGAAAACAUUUCACUUAAUCACCUGGUUCACUUAAACACUAAAUUCCAAAUGUAAAGCAAGAAAGGAGUAAUACAAAAUCAUGCAAUACACCACACAUAAAUCCUGAUACACAUCACAAAAUUACACAAAGAGGGCUCCAAGGCGAGAAACAUUGGUACAAAAUGGCAGACGCCAAGAGGGCUGUAGGUGGGAACAAAGGUGGUAAUCGUAAGAAGCUUAAAACAUUCCACAAAAAAGGAGCAGUUAAGAAAAAGAUAUCCUCAUCAAAAGGUGCUUCCAAGAUUAAAGCUAGCUCUGUUGCGGGUAGAACGAAUCAGAAAAUUAAACUUCCAUCUAGUAACAAAAAGAAAAUCAGUAAAGGUAUUAUUAACAAUGCAUCAGAAAGGAAAAGUCUUAAUAUGAGUGUAAACUGCAAUGAGGACAAUAAGCCAAUAGAGGUGUUGAUGGCAGCUUUGGCCACAAUGCCGAGUUUAAAUGUAGACGAAUUACUGAAACACUAUAUUGCGGCAAAAGACGUCGAACCUCAAAAUAGUGUGGAUAACAUUGACAUUCCAGAUGUCCCAGAAGGGCGAAAAACUUAUGGAAAGGGUAAAAAAGUGUCCAUUAAGAGCAAAAGGAUCAUAGCUAAAAAAAAGACAAAGACGCCGGUGGGGAUAAAGGUGGACAAAGCACAUGUAAAACCUCAGAACGCAGAAGACGGAGCAAAACUAGGAGCGAGUGGAAAGACACAACCAAAAAUAGCCUCUAAGAAGAGCCAGAUAUUGCAGAAACCUCCAAGUGAUCAGACAAAAGAAAACAUGGGGGAAGUCAAUGAAGAAAAAUCUGCAGAAGAAAAUUCACCUAAUGCUACUGAAGAAAAGGAAGAACAGGAAACUAGUCCAAGUCCAAAUGUUGUUAUUUCCCAGUCUGUGCAAACUGUCCAAAAGCCAACAGUCACAACUGUAGAUGCGGGCGAAGAAACUUUAGAUUUGACAUCAAUUUUGGAUAAAAAUCAAAAUAAUGCAUCACCGGUUUUUCAUAUGGACAGGACGCAAUCUCCAUCUAAUGCAAGACUCCCUGACAAAUCAAAGGAUGUCAAAAAGCCAGGAGAAAUAGCAUGUCAUGAAAGCAAUGAUUCAGAAAAAAAAUGCGAUACGCUCAUUGGGAUGUAUCUUAGAAAACAAGAACAAAUUGAAAAAGAAUUCCAAUCCAUAUGCCAAUUUGUUAAUAGAAAAAGGUAUAAUCAACUAAGGCUAAUGGCAGAUGAAGCACUGAAGAAUGAGACAACAUUUGCGCUAUGUUGCCAUUCGAAUGGAUUUCAGUCAGUCAAAAAAUUUUUUCAUGCUAGAGGGUGGACUGAAAGAUUUGCUAAUCCAGACGAAAAGCCUUUACAGUACAACAAUCUGAUGCCGGCUCCAGAUAAUGAGUCUCUUGUCCUUUCAAAACUCAUCAGCCGGAUGCCGGUUAAGUUUAUUUGGGCUGAGGGUCUCAUUAACUGGUCAAACAUUGCAACGUCUACAAUUGUCAACAAGUUCCCUUAUUGCAGCAGGUCAAUAUCAACAAAAACUGGUCUUCUACAAUAUCUGCAAAGCCAGCAUUGGACUUACAGCGCUAAUUUUGCUUAUGUGAAGUACCCAAGGACGGUUUCAAUAACAAAUGAGGAUGACAUGAAAUAUUUUGCUACGCAAUACAGAAUAAGUGCAUGUGUUUCAAUGCUUAAACAUUUUGUUGAAGCAUACGACGAAAAACGAGAAUUAGUCGCUGAUCAUGGAGUGAUUCCAAUUGAGUGUAUGGAUUUUGCUAUACAACGAGUAUGUGAAUUUGUCACAUUCGAAGAAGGAACUGAUGUUGAUCAGUGGAACAUAUCAAUGGUUACGGAGGAUGACUGGAUACUCUUUCUUCUGAGGUUUCUUGAUGUAGCUCAUUUUAAUGCAAAAUACAAAAACACUUGUGAUUAUGACAUUCAUAAACUAGCCGAAAGUGCAAGAAAAUGUGUCACCAGAGUAAGAGAUUUUUGGUCUGAUAUAGAUCACGAAGGUGUGAAAAACCUCUGGAUUGUUAAGCCUGGAGCUUCAAGCUGCGGAAGAGGAAUUCGCAUAUUUAAAUCACUUGUCGAAAUUGCUAAUCACUGUAAACCAGGUUUUUCAUAUAUUGCUCAAAAAUAUAUUGAACGUCCAAUGAUUAUUCACAAAACCAAGUUUGAUAUUAGGCAAUGGUUCUUGGUAACGAGUAUCCAGCCGAUGGUAGUCUACAUGUAUGAUUUAUGUUACCUAAGAUUUUGCUCCAAAGAGUUUUCACUUGUGAACCUUCAUGAAUCGGUCCAUUUAUCAAAUAAUUCUGUUCAGUGCCGAUAUCAGAAUGUUUCAACGAGAUGUGGUGAACUUCCUAGUGACAACAUGUGGGACAGUGAUCAAUUCCUGUCAUAUCUCAGAGGUAGGAAGGAAGAUGACAAAUGGUUUGCAAUAACGUUGCCAGGAAUGAGAAAGGGGAUUGUCGGAGCCCUUCUGGCCUCCCAAGAGGGCAUGGUACACAGAGCAAACUGUUUCAAUUUGUACGGUGCAGAUUUCAUGCUUACGGAAGAUUUUGUACCUUGGCUCAUCGAAAUUAAUGCUGGCCCUUGCCUGAGAAGUACAACUUCUGUAACUGCCCGAUUAUGUCCGAUGGUUAUAGAAGACACACUCAACUUGGCAUUGAAAAAGAAAAAUGUAAAUGGAGCCUUGGAUUGUGGCCAUUUCAGACUUGUGUAUUCACAGAAGGUUUUUCCAUCUUCGAUCAACCAUAAGUCCGAUAUAAGCAUUUCUGGAAAAAGAGCUAAAAUUUUUAUGAGCAGGGGUAGUGUCCAAAACACUGGUAGGCAAGGAUCAACAAUACUGAAAGAUGGCUUUGAAGAUACUGACAGCCCUCUGACGUAUGAAAGUCGAUCUUUGAACUAUGAGAAGUUGUCUUCGAAAUUCAAAGGGCAUGUCAAAGUCGAAACGAAAGUCACUCUUGCGCCUCAUGCAAAUCACCAUUCUCCAUUGGGUCCUGGAUCGAUUCUAUCAAGAUUUGAUGUUAGUUACAAGCCAAAUCUUCUUGCACAGUACUACAGUGCAAACAUUAUGGCACCGCUAAAACAUCCGGACAGCCUUCAAAGCCCAAACAGUACUGAUUCAGCUAUGAACAGUCCUUCGGCAUUUACAACCAUCACUACCAUCUCAAAAACACUCCCAUCAUUAACAGCAGUGGACACCUCAACAAUGAUUGAAAGCAACAACAGUCUAACUUAUCAGUGUGCAAAUGAAGAAAAUAGCCGGUUUUCACAACCAACUAAUAUAUCUGCAUUGUCUACUAAUAUGUGGAUGUUGGAAAAAAAAUGUAAUUGAAUUGGCUAUGUGAAAAAGAUAUACCCUAUUGUGUUGAGUUGGAAAUAUAAGUUAAUAAAAUUGUUGAUCUUA